CGCCCCCGCACGGCGCGGGCUAGGAGCCGCCGGUUCCGCUCCGCACUAGCAGCGGAGAAAGGAAGACCUGGGGGAGCGGGAUCCCGGCGCCCGGUCGCCCAGCCUUGUUCAGGCUUAGGCCCGCAUGGAGGGGACUGCGGAGUCCCAGACGCCUGACCUGCGAGACGUGGAGGGCAAGGUGGGCAGGAAGACGCCUGAAGGGCUGCUCCGCGGGCUGCAGCGAGGCGAGUGGGAGCCGGGAACCUCUGGCGCCCUGAUGCUCCCAGGGGCGCCCAGCACGGGCCAUGGCCUGGGGGACAAGAUCAUGGCGCUGAGGAUGGAGCUGGCUUACCUGCGAGCCAUCGAUGUGAAGAUCCUGCAGCAGCUGGUGACCUUGAACGAGGGCAUCGAGGCGGUGCGCUGGCUGUUGGAGGAGCGGGGCACUUUGACCAGCCACUGCAGCAGCCUCACCAGCAGCCAAUAUAGCCUGACAGGCGGGAGCCCAGGCCGUUCAAGGCGAGGCAGCUGGGACAGCCUGCCAGACACCAGCUCCACUGACCGGCUGGACAGUGUCUCCAUCGGCAGCUUCCUGGACACGGUGGCCCCCAGUGAGCUGGAUGAACAGGGCCCCCCUGGGGCUCCCCGUCCUGAGAUGGACCGGGCAAAGGUUAUACCUAGUAGGGAGAGGGCUAGGACUGAGGUGGACCUGACAGCCACAAGGUUAGGGAACUUGAGGGCUGUGUGGAAGCCCCCAGGGGAGGGGCUCCACGGUGCACCUCCUGAGCCACCAGAGGAUGAGAGUGCCAAGCUGGGCUUUGAGGCCCACUGGUACUGGGGGCAGUGCCAGGAUGAUGUGACCUUCCUGUAACAACUUUUCCACCCUUUUGUAUUCCUAUGGCUCUUUCAUCUCUAGGUUCUGGUCUCUCUCAAAAUUUGUUGUCCCUCAAUCUGGGACUGGGAAGAGGUUGCAUUGAAAUUAGUUACCAUGGAAACCUGCCCUCACCAUCCCUCUGGUCCCUGGGGAAGCUCUACCUUUAUCCCUCAAUUAUUGGGUCCCUAAAGCUAUUUCCAUAGAUACAUUGACUCUAGAGGCUUGACCUGCCACUCCUGGUGUGAUGGUAUCUCUUCCUCUUCCUCCUGCAACUAGGUAAGGAUUUGAGGGAUUUCGGACCCCUCGGAGACCGUUGAUGAAGAGAUGGGGGUGUAAUUACCUCACUCAACAUCUAGGACCCUUGGCCCUCCUCUUGGCCAAAAUGGAGGAUUGUGCAGGGACAUGGACGUUCAGGGCCAGCCCUCCAUGGCUUGGCCCUCCCAGAAGCCUUUGGGGUCGGUAGAGCCGUCCCUUCCUGUUGGGGAGUGAUGUCAUUUCCUGCCAGGAUGGGUUAGCCUUUCCCUGUACCAGUCCGUUAGUGGUGACACUUCAGUAUAGCGGUGUCUGAGCCCCUGCUGCUAAGUGAGACUGUACUGUUUAUUCUCCAUACCAUUACUUCUUGUGAGUGAAAACAUGUCACCCCUCCUGGCAGGAAAGUUUUACUCUCAGAUGUUUGUCAGAAGCGUUCUCACUUUUUAAACAGUGUUCUCAUUUUAUCCUAGGGGGUCUUACUUCCUGUAUGGCCACCUCCCUGUCUGGUACCAGCACUCCUAUAUCUGUGCUUGUAGGGAGGGAAACUGGCAGGGGCCUCCACUCAUGGCUCUCAAAAGUCAGUUUGGCCAUCUUACCCUGUUCCUGGGUUGUCCCCAAUCUUGUCUUCUGGCUCCAAAGCUGUCUGCCAGGAGCUUCAGCCUUUGUGUCUCCACACCUUCUUGCUUUCCAUUUCAGGCCUCAGGCCUUUUAUAUGCAGAUGAGUCCCCCAGCCUUCUCUGCCCACUGCUGAUGGGAGCUGGAGGGAGGACGGAGAAGCUGGAGGUCUCUCUCAGAGCUCUGAAGGUGUGCCAGUCUCCAAAGAGGGGAGGUGUCUUCUCUCGUCUUGUGUUUCCCUUCCCCCACCCUGCCCCAGACCUUCCACCAUUUGGUCACAGGAUGCCUGCUGGAGGCCGGGACACAAGCAGUCCCCUUGUCUGGGAUACAAUGGAGGGGUGGGGCAGGGAAACACAGAGGCUCUUUGGUCCUAGGACCCAUAUCCUGGGAGGGGGGAGAGAUGAGGGAAAUGCUGCUUUCCUUCCUCCCUCAGAACAAGCCCUAGACCCCUGGGACCUGAGGAGGGAGCAAGGGACUGGUGCUGGUUCUGGGUCCCAGGGCCCUAGUGAAUUAUACCAAAGAAGGAAUUCAGGGAAGCUGCCAACCUGGGGCUCAGGGAGGGGACAGGCCUGGGGGCAGGGGCCGGACACAAGGGCUGUGGCUGAUGUCAGGGAAUGAAUGCUUGGAGCUUACCCUUUUGAAUUUCAGGGAACUGCCCAUAUGUUGGUCCCUGUUUUUCCUGGGCCCUGAAACUAGAUUAUUGACAGGCAAAGAGGAGAGAAAAGGGUGUCAGGUGAUCCUUGCCUAUUUGCUGUGCCCUCCUGAGUUGGAGGAGUCUUCCUCAAAUCCUAGAGUAACUCCUGCAGUUUCUCUACUUUUCAUUAUAUGCUGAGGAAGAGAAGGAAGCUAAGUUGAUCAUCUCUGCUUCCCGGAAACUCCUCAAGUCUUCUGCAGCCCCCACCCCAGUCUUUUUUGGGCAAUACGUUCAGUCUGUGGCUCUCCCCUAAAGACCCUCUCUCCUCCUCCCCUCCUUUGAAAGUGAUUGGAAUCUCUAAAGUAUAUUCUUAGUCUCUCCUCCUCUGCCACCCACCAGCGCUCUCCUUACUACCCCUCCUGGUCUUGGGCUCCUGACUUCCCCUCAGGCUGGGAAUUCAAAUACCUUUUUCCGGUCCCUACUCUAUUGCCAUUUUGUAGUGUGCCCUUUGGUAAACUACUUUCUCACUUGGAAGUCUUAUCUUCCUUUUUGAAGCUUAUUUAUUCGUUUAGUCUACUUUUGAGCUGAAGAGGUUGCCUGCCCUCUUGUGGCCAUUAUGCACCAUUGCCAGGGUGGCUGGAUGGAACCUCCAGGCUCAAAUACUGGUACAGCCUUGAAGACGACCAGCACCCUCAGUGCACGGACGGGCUAGAGAGACGGCCUAGAGAGGGCAGAGGCUUGCCCAGUGCCACCCAUUGCAACUCUAUGGCAAUGCAGGUCACAGAUCCGGAUUUCUUGCCUGCCUGCCCACAGUGCCAUCAGUUGGCCAGACUGUUCCCCCACACCACCCAGUCAACCAACAAGCCCAAAGGGACUGAAAGCAAUUUUCCUCCUAUUUUAAUAUUCAGGCUCUCACCGUACCCUAGAGAGGCAGCUCAGUGUUUAGAGAAAGAGCUCCAGGCUCUGAGGAAAGAGAACCUUGGACCUGGAUUGGGUAAAGGGUGCAUGAAUCUGGACCACAGAUAUAAGGAAAAUCCAUCCUGGACCAGCUGUUUUUCUGGGAAGGGCCAGUAGGCCCAGACAUCAUGGGGCAGAGAGCUCAGCAUUUCAGAACUGGGGGUUAGAAGUGAGGUGGGGAUGGAGAACUUUGAGAUUAGGAAAUCCAGAUGGGUUCUGUGGGGUUGGGGAGCUCCAAGAUCAGCUGAUGACAGCACAAUUGGAUAGGCACAGCUGGAUAGGGCAGAGAUGAGACUGCUCAUGGCAGCUGCAGAAAACGCUCCUGGGAGGGUAAGGGGUGGCACUGGUUGGGAUGUGUCCAUCCAGGAGACAUGAGCAUGUGAGUGGGCAAGAGCAAGGGUCUGCAUUUAGGGUGGGGACGGUGAGGUUGAACACUGGACUGACUAGAAGCACGGUGGCAGCUGAGGUGGGAAAUGCUUGGGGCUUGUAGUGGACACAAGCUCACUAUGUGCAUGGUGCCAGGCACAUCCUGGGUAUUAGUGACACAGUGGAAUGAAUGAAGGAAUGAAUGUAAACCCACAAGGAGAGGUGACAUUUUUUUUUUAAAGUGGGUAAUUAGGUAGUAUAGGAAUUUUAAACAUUCUUCUAUUUAAUUCUCAGCAACCCUAUAAACUGUGCAUUAUUAACAAUGUAUUAGGCAUUUGCUCAAGGUCAGAUAGGUAAUAAAUAAACUAUGUGAACCUUGGUCAGCUGGCUGCAGGGGCUUCCAGGAAGUCUUUUCUGAUUCCCCACUCCCCACUCUCACAGACCUUACUCUCCUCGGAGAACAGGUUAUGCUGCCCAGUAGCAAGGGCCAGUGUACUAGUUUCCUAUAGCUGUUGUAACAAAUUUCCUCAAAUCUAAUGGCUUAAAACAACACAAAUUUAUUACCGUACAGUUCUGGAGGUCAUAAGUCUGAAUUCAGUUUCACUAGGCUAAAUUAAACUCGGGGGGUUGACAGACAUACGUUCCUUCUGGACGCUCUAGGGGAGAAUCCAUUUCUUUGCCUUUUCCAGCUUCUAGAGGCUGCUUGAAUUUCUUGCUUCAUGGCCCCUUCCUCCAUCUUCAAAGCCAGCAGCAUAACAUCUUCUCUCUGACCUCUGCCUCCACUCUUCCAUCUUCUCUCUCAAAUUCUCCUGUCUCCUCUUAUGAGGAUUACAUUGUGAUUACAUGUCCUUGUGAUUACAUUGGGCUCACUGGGAUAAUCUAGGAUCAUCUCUGCAUGAGAAGAUCCUUAAUUUAACCGUCUUUUCUGUUGUAUGAGGUAAAAUAUUCAUAGGUUCUGGGGAUUCGGACAUGAGCAUCUUUGGAGGAAGGGCCAUUAUUUGGCCUACCACGGGCAGAGAUGCAGGGUGGGCAGGAGGAUGCACUCAGGCCCAGAAUGAACCUCCAUCCUUGGUCCAGCCUUCCUCCGCCUGGAGUGAGGGGUGGUGUCAAGGGGGAGGUGGCCAGGUCCAGGCCCCAUGUCUGGAGAAUGGCAAGUGCCCCCUGCGUCAUCACUCCCAGGGGGAGCUGGGAUUGUUCAGAUUUGGGAGAAGUUCUUAGUUUAGGGAACUCUUCAGUCCUGAGACUCUCUGGUUAACAUGGUGGAGGGUUCCAGCUGGCUCUGUCUUCAGCAUUGCCUCCUCUCCAGAACCAUUCUCUGCUCCUCAGAGCAGAAGAUAAUUACCAGCAAAUUAGCCUGGGCUCUCUCUGGAAAGGGUAGAUUUGUUGUCUCCUUUAAAAAUUAUUAUUUUUUUGUUCCUUAAUAGUUCAACCAUGCUGCCCAGAGCAUGGUGAAUUAUCAUCAGUUGAUACAAGGCCCCUUGCUUUAUUUUCUGCUUUUGAUCCCAACCCCUGUUCUCAUUCCUCUCGCUGACCUAGGUGUACACCCUGUGUUCAGUAAGUUUUUGGAUGUGUAUGUAUCUUUAAAUACAUAUAUAUACAUAUAUAUAUAUAUAAAAUUAUGUGCUUAUGUGUUUUAAUGUAUAUAAAUGGUAUACUUUUACAGUAAGCUAACUUCUAUAGUGAAUUGCCCCAUAUUUCAAUGAUUUAACACAAAGAUUUAUUUUUCACUUGUACGGGAGCACAGGUGUUCCUGCUUAGACAGCUCUCCUCCCCUGCCCAUUUCAGGUCCAGGCUCCUUCCAUUUUCAGGUGGUGAUAGCCUGAUCCUGCAUGAUAGAGUUCCCCAUCAAGUGUUCCCCGAGUUGUCUUACCAUCCAUUAAUGACCAUUUUAUGAAUGAGCAUUUCACUAGGGAAUACAAAAUGAUGAUUUUCUAAUGCUAUUAUUUCCUCUUCUUUUAUUCUCAUUCUGUACAGAGAAACUUUUUCACAUCCUCCAGGGCUGUUUGGUUUCCCUGAAAUAAAGUUCAUACCAGAAGGGCAAGAGAAAUGCUUAAAUUUCUUCCUUUAUUUAUCUCUUUCAAAGUUGGUGUCCUUAGCAAUGUGGUGUUGAAUGAUUUUAUUUCGUUUUGCUGUCUCUUUAAAUUAUUGUUGUGAACUGGUAGUUUUGAUAUAUUUAAUGUCUCUUAAUCAUUUGCAGUUAUUUUUUGUUUUAUAUUAUAUAAAAUUUCAAGCAUACACAAAAGUAGAGAAAAUAGUAUAAUGAAUUUCCAUGUACCUGUCACCCAGCUUCAGUGAUUAUCAACUCAUGGCCAACCUUGGUUUAUUUAUUUCCUCAACUACUUGGUUACUCUUCCCUUAACCAAGAUUAUUUUGAAGCAAAACUAGAUAUGAUUCCAACUCACCUGUAAGUGUUUUAGUAUGUAUCGCUAAAAGAUAAGGAGUUUUAUUACCAUUAUUGUACCUACAAAUUAAUAAUUCCUCAAUAUAAUAAAAUAUAUUUGGUGUUCAA